AAAUCUGUCUAAUUUCAUUAUUUUGAAACCCUCGUCAAAAUUUACGGUCGAAUUUUAUCAAAUAAAACUACAAAAUGGCAAUAAAAAAGAGAAAGAAACCUAAAAUGAAGCCCAAACCGGUGAUAGAGUAUCCUCCAGUGCCCACGAAGAAAUGGAUACCUCCCGAUCAGAGAGCAAAGAAAAAAAGGCCGCCUCAUCCCUACACAAAGCCGGCAGGUGUAACUCAGAAACUGGCAAUUUCCAGUUUGAAGAAAGUGUGGAACCAGUUCAAUGUCUACGGAAAUACUGCGGUCUUGACGGGGCAUUACAGCCAGACAUACAAGAAAUACAGUUUUAAAACCAAUGGAUAUCAAGGAGCCUGCAAUUGUGCAGUGGCGUGCACCUUCGCCUACAUCUACAAGAUGCAUACCUGGACGUGUUACUGUCUGGACAAAAUACUCGACCUAGGCGACGAGUUGUACACGAAGAGCACGCAACAAGAGGCCGGGAGAUGUCUGACUCUGGUGCCGCCAGAGCAAGUGUUCAACUCCUUCUACCUAGACAGGACCAAGGUCCUGCUCAAUAUAAACGUAGGGCCCAAGGUUGUGGAAACUCUGCCCACGGUUACCGAGCAAAAGGUCAAGGAGCUCUUUAAGAAAUCUUUGACGGAGUUCUUCAAGCAGUAUCCGUCCGGUAUAUUCGCUUUGAGGGAGAAGUACCUUGCUAUUUGGCUGCAAGACGACGCUUUUUACGUGUUCGAUCCGACCGAUCACGACGAGUACGGGCGCGCGUGGACUGGAGUGCCAGGUGAUGGAGUCGCCGUCCUGCUCCGGACCAAAACCAUGGACGAUAUGGUGCAGGAUAUCUGUAAUAAUGUCAACACAAAGAUACCCCACACAAAAUAUGAAAUAAUCCAAUGUACGGUCUCCAGGAUAACGAAUAUAAAAACUAUGCCACCCAAGACGUUUGAGGAAUUCAUGGAGAAAGAAGAAGCCGAGACUGCACCCGAAAUACCGGAAGUUGAUCCCGAAGCUGUGAAGCCAAUAGACGUAGUGAAGGAAAGGAUAAAGGCCUAUAUGGAGAAGAACAAGGAAGACACCAGCUCCCUUAAAGUCAAAGUGGAAGAGAUCUCGCCAGACGUCACCGAGAAGUUGUCUCUUUCUAAGAGACCAUCCUGGCUCCAAGACACCAUCAACAAGAACGACGAAUGCAUGUUUCCCAUACCGUGCAAGCCUAAACUCGACAAGAUCAGCUUUUACGUAGAGGUUUUACCGGAAAGAGUGUUCAUCCUAAAAGGCACGACGUGCCAGACAGAUCCAAAAUUCUCCAAAUACGAAGGCAGACAAAGCAUGGGCAACGCGAUAUCCGCCCUGAUCAUGCUCAGAUUCUGCAAAUCCAGGACCUGGGUACCUCGGCUGGUCAACACCAUCCUGAAGUACGGCGACCUGUUGUACAGGGACGCGAUGAUCAGCAUCCCCAGGACGCAGAGCCUGAAGCUCUCCGAUUUCCAGAGGAAAACCGAAUACGAAAAGAAAUUCUUCUCCCCGCUCAUACAAGAUUACGUGAUUGUAGGCAAGCUGCAGUCGCCAGAUUACGACGUUUUGGACUUGCUUCCGGCGUUAGAAAAUUACUUGAUCGACCACGAGUGCUGCGUGGUUUUGGGGCCCAUUACCUUGGCGGUAUGGGUCGAGGAUGGAUUCUAUUACUGGUUUGAUCCCAAUGAACGGGAUAAGAAUGGAAAAACCAUCACCCAGUGUGUACCUGCACCUGGGCAACUCGACGUGAAGACUCCUCCACCAGGAACGGCAUGUGUGAUCAAAUUCUGUAACCUCCAGGAUCUCGUGGAGUUGUACCUGAACAACGUCAACAAGCCACAGAAGUUUGACCCUUUCUACAUAAGCAGCGUUCAGAUCGACGAUUAUUUCGAAAUCCCCGAGUCUUGGUACGGCUUUAAAGGGCUAAUUCCUGGAAAAUGGAUACUAAGAGGGACCAUCACUCAGUCGAGCAAAACAUUUCCAAAAGAAUCCCGCAACUACCAAGGCCCUGCUAUGUCUAUUGCUGCGUUAUUAUACCAAUAUUUGGUUCCGGAAAAGGACUGGACUGCAAACAUUGUUGAUGAAAUCCUUGGGAUUGGAGACCAGUUGUAUAAGGAAUCCGUAGAACGUUUAAAAAAUAGCGAGAAAUUCGUCAGCAAACUGCUGACCAUAAGUGAAGUUAAUCCCGAUCUCAAAGUUCGAGGGAAAAUAGCGAAUUUCGAAAUAGGUGAAUGCUGCAUAAAUGGACUUAUUAACGCUAAACAUCACCCUUCAGUCAAGGGCCUGACUAGGGGCCUGGUGCAGUUCUUUGAAGACAACGAUCUGGGUGUUGUGACUUCCCAUAAUAUUUCCGUAGCAGUUUGGAAGAAAGACGGUUUACACUACAGUUUUGAUAGUCACUCUAGAAACGACAAAGGACUUGCUACAAGUUACGGAACUGCUUGCGCGUUAAGAAUCCAGGACGUGGACGAACUAGCUAGAUCCUUAGAGAUAAACCUCAGCGCUGGCAAAGAAGACUUCUACAACAUCAGCUGGGUGAAGGUAAAGCUCUGCGAGGUGCAAGAUGGAGUUAUUCGACCCCCGUUGAACAAUUACACCAAAGUCGGCGACGGCAGCGCCAUCCUGCGGUCGCUCUACAGCGAGAUCUCCACCAAAUACGACAUCAACUGCAGGAAACAGACGGUGCCCAUGGAGUUGAUGGCCCUGGCCUUCAACAAGCUGAAACCGUCCAAGGAAUGGACCAAUGCAGACAUGGACGAGAUCCUGAACAAGGGCGAUGACUUUUAUACGGAAAUUAUGAACGAUAUCUUGAAGGAAGAGCUGAAGAGUGGAGCGGAAGCAGGCGAAGAGGAAGAAAUGGCGGUUUCGGGGACAGAAGGGACGGAAGGGAGUGAAGGAAAAGGGAAAAACACGGCGACAUCGGAAGGGGAGAUGCCGGAAGAAGACCAAGAAAUUGCGGAUAAAUCUCCCGAAGAGGAUGGGGUGGUGGAUACAACUAACGUGAACAAAGAAUUUUAUGUUGGUUUGAAUAAGAUGGCUGUUGAGUUUGAAAACGUUGCAGAAGGAAACAUAAAAGAAAGCCUCAAAGACGCACUGACCUCUCACUUCGAGCAAGAACAAACCGACGACAAUUUCAACCAGGAAGCAAUGAUCGAAUCGAAACCGCUGACCGUCGUCGUUUGGAGGGACGACGUGGCAUUCUACUACUUCGACCCCAAACCGAGGGACAAGGGCGGUAAGGUAAUCGGCGCGGAAGACUGGAGCGAUUACGAGCCUCCGAAGAACCAAGAAGAGAAAGAAGAGGGAACGCAAGGAGAGCAAGAAGGUAAAGAAGGUGAAGAGGAAGAGGCGGAACAGAAAGAAUUCGGCGCUGAGUUAGACACUGACGAUGACGAGGAGGAUGCGAAACGGGAAGAGGGUGGCGGAGACUCCGGACAAGUGAAAGAGCAGGAUGAGAAACCGAAGUCGAAGUUACACAUGCGACUGCUCGAGGGUGAAGAUGAGGGAGGCGAAGAUGAAGAGGAGAAAGGGAAAGAUAAAGAAGAAGGUGAAAAAAAGGGAGAAGGUGAAGGAACGGAAGACAAGGAAGAGAAGGAGGUUGUAGCGAAACUGCCACCGGUGCGCAAGAGCUCGGCGUUUUGGAAGGAGCAGGAGAAGAACGGCAGGGCUUGCACCAUGUGGUUCACCAAAUUGGAGGAUUUGGUGGGUCAUGUAUUAGGAAAUAUUUGCCCGAAAGAUACUUACGAGAAUGACUUUUCGUUGAGGUCCGUAAAAAUUGUAAACAACGUCGUGCUGAAGAACAGGCUGAAGCCGGAAGAUCAGAGGAAUGACGUUUAUGGUGGGAGCUGGUACGAUUUUCAAGAGUUGGACCACGGCAGAUGGAUCAUGAGAGGGUCUAUGAAUUUAAUGAACGAAAUGUUCCCCGAAGAAAACCGCGGGAAACAACAGGUCACUGCCAGCUACGUAGCCGUGGCUAUCGCGUACGUUUUCUCCAUGUUGUGCUUCGACAAGUACUCUGUGGACACCAUCCUCACCUACGGCGACAAAUUGUAUACGUUCAUGAAGAGGAUGAGAAAGAAACUUCUCAAGAAGAUCCCCGACACGAAGUUGAAAGAGGACGAUAUAGAUUGGCUGGUCCAAAAUGAGGAAUACGACCUGAGGGACAUCGUGAGGAAGCUCUGUUUUUGGAAAUUUUAUGUCGACAUUAACGUGGAAUCAGACUAUUUAACUGGUGACGUGUACUCGGAAGUGGAUGAUGUCUUGGAUGUGGAGAGAGCAUUAGAAGAAUUCUUCUCCAAAAAUCAGUAUGGGUUGAUGCAAUGUAAAGACCUAACCGUUGCGAUCUGGCGAGGACAGAAGGUAUACUACAUGUUCGACGGUAUGAAUAGGGGCCCCAACGGUAUAAAAUCACCUAACGGUACCGCCUGCAUCACCAGAUACUUAGACCUGGAGGACAUGACCAAGGUCUUCGUUGCUAACCUCCCCGCGUUCGGAAAGAAUUUUUUCGUCAUACACAACAUCACCAUGACUAAAGACCUGUGUCCCAGAACUAGGGAAGCCAAGGAACUCAGAACUAACCCUCAGCAAAAAAGUGUCGAGUCUGGAGGUUUCCGCAACGUCGUCGCAGGGAAGUGUAUAGUCCGCGGCAACUUCAGCGUGGUGGAUCCUAAAUUCAACGUAAGUCCCUUCCUCCUAAGCGCCCCCAUUGCCGUCAUAGCCCUCACCAUGUCGCUGGUGCACAAGCCCAACACUUGGUCCAGACCCAUGGUUGACGAUAUCCUACAGCUGGGUGUUGAGCUUAGUGAGGAGAGUAUUCACGAUUUAGGUUACGAGUUCAAUCCUUGGGAGGACUUUUUGGACAUAUCCAGGAUCAAGAACGACUACAGUAUCGGUGUCCUUAAGGCCAAUUGUGAGUUCAGGAGCAGGGAUCAGAAGGGCAUAAUCGACGGCAAGGACAAGUACUCCAUAAAUUUAAGGCAAGAAAACCAGGACAUAAUAAAAAAAGAAAUUCAACAUCUGAUGCCAGAUAAUACCAAAAAAUCAAAGAUAAGCAUUUGGAAGCAGUUUCUAGAAUUUUGCAAUGAAAAAUCUUAUAAUAUACAGGAAAAGCUACCUGUUGAAGAACUGGCAAGUAUUCUAGAAGAUUAUUCAUUUAAUAUGAGAAAAAAAAAUUCAGAGGAGUACAAAGAAAGUGUUGUAAAAGUAAUGUGGAAUUCAACUGCCAAACAACUACAGGAGAUGUAUUACGAAGAAUUUAAAGUUAAAUUUGAUCCAUUUUCUGACAUAACCUUUAAAAAUGCAAGAGCAGCACGUGAUGCUAAACGUAGAAAACUACAAAAAGAUCCAACAAAACGAAAGCUUAGUGCCUUGGCCUUAAGUGAUGCUGAAUAUAUGAAGAUUGUAGAACUCUGGGAUGAAGAUUGUCCAGAAGGUCUUCAGCGAAAGUUUUUUCAUAUUGCUUCCCAUGAGUUAGCCUGGAGGGGCGGAGAAGGUGCAGUAGCAAAUAUUGAAUACUUUGUUGAAGAAACUGAUAAUUUCGGCAAAUUUACUGGUCGCAUAGAGUAUAAUCCCAUUUUUUCGAAGACAACACAAGGCGGUUCAAGAAAGUUAGCUGAUAGCAAGUGGCUAAUCACAAACAUAAAUAAUCCAACCAUAUGUCCUGUUCGUCUUUUUAGGAAGAUGAUGGAAAAACGAGGAAUUGAGCAGUUCUUUGAGGAGAACACCCACGGAAUCCUCACCACCGCCAACCUGACCUUGGCCAUAUGGGAAGAGGAAGAGGACCACUCCGAAGCCUUGAUCUACAUGUUCGAUCCGAACCCCAGGGGACCCACGGGGAUGCCCCUGGACACCGGCACUGCCUGCGUGAUGACCUUUGUCAACGCCAAGGUGGCCGCCGAUCACAUCAUGGCUUGCAUGCUGGACCCGGACGAAAAAAUGGGGGAGUUCACCAUCGCGCCGGUGGAAAUAGUGGUUGGUAACAUGAAAACUAAGGAGAAAAUCAAGAAGACAGCUACUAGUGAAAAGGGUGUAUUGCCCAGGUGCUCCAAGUCCGUGGCAGAUGAGGAGAAGAGGGUCUUAAGGAAAAUUGCUGCAAACGAGCGUAAACGAAAGCAAGGCAAGGAACUGCAAAAGAUCGGUCGCAACGGUUACUACAUCAUGAAGAACGGAGACGCCAUCAUCAGGGGCUAUAAAAGCCAGAAUUCCAAGAAUUACAACGAGAAUUCCCGAAACAACCAGGACAUAACCAACUGCAUAGUCUCCAUCGUGAUGCACAAGCUGAUCCCGAUAGACACCUGGACAUCCAAACACAUAGACCUAGUCUUAGACACCGGUGACCAGCUGUACAUAGACUCGUACAUAGCCUACAGCCCCAAGGACAAGAAACUGGGCUUGGAAAACGUCGUCAGGAAAUUCUUCCUCAACAACAUAGAGAUACACGUCACUGUGUACAAGCCCAUAAUAAGCGACAUCUUCAACAUGAGCAACUUGAUUAGGAUCCUGAACGUGUAUUUCCAACAGGAGUCUUACUGCAUGCUGAGUUACUUGGACCAGUGGGUCAGCAUAUUCACAAGGACUGGGUUUUUCUACCUUUUCGACCCGCACGAAAGAGACGUAGAGGGCAAUCCCCUUAAACAGAAGGAGGAGGGGACGGCGGUGGUGGUGAGGUUCGACAAUCUGAUCAGUUUGACCUUGAAGAUGGUGCAGAAUAUGUACCUGGACCUGGAGACGACUGUUAAGGAAUUUUCCUUAUGGCUUAUAUCGGUUGAAAGCAAAUAA